UGAUGUAAAUAAUUGGUGACUCAUCACGCGUCUUUGAAUUUAUGAUUCUUCGUUCAGUUUCUUCGAAGUCGCUGGUCCUUUUCGAUUUUGCUCCAAAUUUAGCUUUCAGAGGUCUCAGCUCUUCCGCGAAUCUUGCUUUCGGUAAACGCAGCGGACAAUCUCGAAACAAACCACCUGUUAUUCCUUCCUCCGUCUUGAAAAAUAUCAGGGAGAACGUCACUCAGCAACUGCGAACUCGAGAUUCUGUUGUAUCAGAUCAACAGGCUGAUAUCUACAAUCAUGCCCUUGUGCAAAUCAAAGAGGCGCUAGGGAAGGGAGAUGCGGAAUCUGUACGCCAACUCUGGAUUAAACUGAAGCAGCUUAAUUUGGCCCACAUUCUUGACCCAAAACUCAUGUCCAUGAUAUCGAGUCUUUUGAUAAAAGCAUUUCUUCCCGCACCCUCUGAACCCUGGGACUCUUCGUCCCAAAACAUCGUUGAGGAAGUCGCUGUAGCAGCAACCUCCUGCGACGCAGAAGGCGUUGCUACAUGCAUGCUCUACCACAUCAAGCGGAAUAAUCCCGAUGCCGCACUCUCCCUCUAUGGUCGCUGCACUCAUAUAAUGAACAACCGGGAAGCUUGGGAUGUGGACGAGACUCAGGAAGGGCUCUUUGAACAGGGCGAACUUGCGUUCGGGCAUGCUGAAUUAUCUCAGUCUGUUAUGCAGCCCAUUCGCGGCAGAGUUUUUCUUCUCCUGGCAGCUGUUACUGCCCACGCUAUGCUUGAUACAUUUCAGGAAGCUCUCACUAUAUGUAAGGAUACAGACGUUCGCUUCCACAACUACACAACCCGGGAAUUCCUCCAGAACCUGCAGCACGACUCUUCAUUGCGAAACAAAGUCGAUCUUUAUAGCCGUCGACUGCAUCUUGCGAGGCUCAUAUCUAGGCCCACCUCGCUUUCUCGUCAGAUCAUGAAUCUGGGAGACACUCGUGCUCUUACGUCUUUGAGGAAGCUGUAUGAAGGUAUCGUAGAGGGAAUCCUGGGACCUGAUCCUUUCAUUGCUGCAGAUGAAUCGUAUUUGUCUUCGGAAAAAACGGUGGCGAUGACGGUGGUGGGUUGGACAUCCUUUCUGACAGCGUUCUUGAAAUGCUCCUCCAAGGAAUCUGCUGCACAGGUAUGGGACGAUAUACCAAGACUUGGUCUCCGUCAUGACACAAGUAUGUGGAACGCUCUUAUUACAGGGCAGACUCAAUCCUUCACCGACGCCACUACAACUUUCGAACUUAUGAAAUCACGAAAUGUUACAUUGGACGCGCUCACGUAUCGCGCGCUCAUUAGUUCUCUCUUCAAUGGACGCAGGCCCAAUCUCGCGAUGGAGAGAUUCCAAGAAUUUCGCGCUGCAAAAAUCACAGAUACCCCCGAAAAUAUCAUGUCUGUUUACAAUACUGUGAUCAAUGGUCUACUCGUCACGAAUCGGAUUGAAGCAGCCUCCUCACUCUUUCAAGAGAUGCAACUCAAAGGCCCCAAUCCAGACAUCGUCUCACAUAACACUUUUCUGGGCCACUAUGCACGCCGAAACGAUAUCAGAGGACUGGGAAUGUUCAUAAGCAAGAUGGGCGAGAGUGGUGUCACUGGGGAUGUCUUUACUUUCUCCACGAUCUUAUCCGCGUUGCUCAAAAUGGGACGUCAGGACGCGACGGAAGUCGUAUUUCGUCUUAUGAACAAACAAGGGAUCAAACCCAAUACGGCGACAUAUUCUGCACUUAUCGAUCACCAGAUGAGAGAGCAGGACGAGGCUCAUCUUAGUGGGGCUCUCAGGUUGUUGUCGCAGAUGGAGGCUGAUCCCACCACUGCGCCUAAUAUAAUCACUUACACGUCUAUCUUGGCUGGAAUACAUCGAGGUCCUGCAUGGCUUACCCGGCAAAAAGAGGAGGAUUUCACUCGGGCGAUUCUAAAGAGAAUGAAACAACACAAUGUCAAACUGAAUACAAGGGCGUACAACAUUUUAAUUAAGGCGUGUCUGAACGGUAACCGGUUAGACCAGGCCCUCUCAUACUACGAGGAGAUGAAGCGGACGAGAAUGCCAAUAUUCCAUGAAACAUGGUAUGUAUUGCUCGAAGGACUGAGUGGUAUGCAGGAGUGGGAUGUCGCGAUGGAAGUAAUCAAAGAGAUGAGUGGACUGUAUGGGGUACGUCCACUAGGACCACUACAUAGUUUAGUACAGCGUGUCACUGUUAGUGCCCGUUCAAAACGUUGAAUCGAAAGCUGAAUGUACCUUU